UGCAAUUUCAUGAAUUUGUGCUCCGAUCACAGUUGCGCUUUCCACGAACCUACUUUUGGCGGCUGCUUGUUUGUUCCCAUUCAUCUGGCAUCUCAUCUAGUCCUCUUACCUCAAGAAUCCCAUAAAAUGGAAGCUGAAAAGCAAGAAGUUGAGGCAGGACCCCAGACUGUUGAAACUCAAGCUUCUUCAGUACCGAUUACUGUUGACGAUGAGCUACCAACCCCGGAAUUGAAAACAGAUGCUGGUAACACUUCCGAUAUGCAAGAAGAGUCAAAGCAAGCUGUCGAGUCACAGUCGAUACCAACGACAGAUCUGACUGCUACAGACUCUGUUGCUGCUAUCCCGGGAACCAUAGAAGCCUCUGAUGAAAACUCAGCCAGCACUACAGAGAAAGUUUCGCAGGUCAAAUCUGACUCUCCUGAGGAGAAUCAAGCUGCGGAAGCCGGUGAAGUAGAAAUCAAAGAUCAACUAGAGUCCAAUGACGACGUGUCUGAGAAGCAAGAGCAACCAACGACAACAGAUUCAGAAAAGGUUGUGAACGGUAAUGAUGAAGCGCCGGGCAGUGCAGUAGAAAAUACUGCUAUCCGAAUGAAUCAGGAAGCUGCUGUUGUUGCCACUGAAAUUGCCCUCCCACACACUGAAAUUAUCAAUGGACAGGAAUCAGUACCACACACAUCAUCAUCUGAUAACCAGGACGACGACGCCCAUUCAGUGGCUUCAUCAGCUCACUCUGAAGCGUAUGAAAGUGCUGGUGAAUUACCAGAUGAUGAUGAUGGUGAAGGAAGACCAAAGUCAGACUCUCGUCAAGAUCGUGAUAGCUUUGAAGAUGUUGAUUAUACUGAAAACACAGUCAGGGUGGAUGCAGAAAACAUUUCUACCAUUGGACCAAACACUUUAAACCCAAGGGACCAAGAGAAGGCUGAUGAGAUGAUGCGAGAAGGUAUCGAAGCCUUCUUCAGCAACAAAUUCAUGAAAGCAAAAUCCAUUUUCAAAGCCAAGUCGGAUGCCGACCCCCUCUUUGCUCUUGGACUUGGCUCUAUGGCCUUUAUCAAGGCUAUCAUGACCUACGACGCUGAUGAUAUUGUUGUGGCCGUGGAUGUCUUGAACACCACUUGCGCUAUUGCCCAAGCUCAAAUCGAUGCCGCCUCAGCCAAGCGUCCGUUCAAAGAAACCGUUUCACAUUACAUUUCCUCUAUUAUCACACAGAACCGAACAGGGCUUCCUGAUACACCAAAAGUCAAUCCAGACGAGCCAAAAACCUUUUUACCUAAUGGCGUACUGAGAGCUCAUGUCGUGAAGGCCGAAGGAAGUCUUCUGAUCAGUAUGCUCCACCUCUGCCAAGAGAAUGUCUCUGGCUACCUGAAAUGCGGCUUCAGUAUUCGUAGAGCAUACAAGAGCUACAGUUUGGUGUGGCAAGAAUAUAAGAAGAUGGGACAGGCGUUCCAUGAUCACAUUGACAAUGAUACUAUUUCAGCGAUUCAGUUUGGCAUUGGAUCAGUUCACCUUCUCCUCUCUUCACUUCCGCCCAAGGUUCUCAAGGCGGCAGCUGCCAUGGGUUGGAAGCCAGACAAGAACCUUGGGUUUGCCUUGUUAAAGCUAUGCCAAGAUGGGCAAGGAAUUCGAUCACCAUUAGCUUCCAUGAUGCUCCUAGCUUAUUAUACCAUUUUAACAUCUAUUGCACCUCAAAUUUUCUCUCUUGACUAUUCCAACCCAGCUCUGGAAUGCCUUGUAGAAGCACAGAAACAACAUCCUGACUCUUGCUUCUAUUUAUUCUUUACCGGUCGAGUGUCGAGGCUGGUGAAGAACAUUGAACUUUCUACGCAAUCCUUGGAGGGAGCUGCAUCGGCUGCACAAGGCGAAUGGGCAGAAUCCCCCAUGAAGCUACUCACCACCUAUGAUAUCGCUAUGAAUGAAGCCAUGGAUCUUGACUGGCAGAGCGCAUGCACACGAUUUGAAUACCUACGAGAUCAAAAAUACUGGUCCUCUGCAUAUUUCCAAUACUUUGUUGGUGCUUGUCACGAAAUCAUGGGCAACCGCACGGAAUCCAUACUUGCCUUCGCCUCCGUACCUACUUUUAUCAAAGGAAAAGGAUCUCCCAUUGACAAAUUUGUUCGUCGACGUGUUGCAUUCUUUGAAGAAAGUGGAUAUGCUGAUUUGGACUUUAGUUUGCCGGCUCUCGAGCUUCUGCUUAUCUGGAACGCUUUCCCCUUUAUGAGAGAGAAGGUCUUAGAGCAGUGUUUGGAGAAAGUCGACGCAGCUUUGGAACUUGUAUACGAACGCGAGCGUGUUGAAUACGAAAUCCGACUGACUGAAUUAGCACCUGACAUUGGUCCUCCCGAAUACUAUGACCAACGAGCUCAAGCUUUGUUGAUUAAGGCGGCUGUAUUGAAUGCUCUUGGCAAGCACAGUGAAGCUGUUCUUCAUCUCAACUGGAUUAUCGACCAUGGCACCCGCAUUAAAGAACUUUGGGUCCUUCCAUUCUGUUAUUGGGAGGCGGGCAUCACAAGUUGGACUAUGGAUCAACGACUAAAGGCUAGAAUGCUCUGGGAAACUGGUCUCAAGUUCAGCAAAUAUGAAUUUGAUUACCGAAUGGCAGUACGAUUCAAUGUGGUGCUUAACAAGUGCGAUGAUCUUGGUAUUUACCCUGUAGAAGCAGACAAUGCUUCGACUAAUACUGGCAAAAAGAUGCCUACCAAGCCUACUGUACAAUAAAAUUAUAAGCCCAUUUUGAUUCAAUAAAAACCCUACAAC